AUGACCCAAAACAACUUUCUCUCUCUAGUUCUUGCUCUGGUUUUCUAUCAAGUAGGGUUUUGUUUUGGCGAAGAAUUCAUCAAAACAAAUGGAACCCAUUUCACGUUGAAUGGAGAGAAACUCUAUCUAAAUGGGUUCAAUGCAUAUUGGAUGAUGUACACAGCCACUGAUCAAACCACAAGGCCAAACGUGGAAUCUGCCUUUCACCAAGCUUCCAUUAAUGGUAUGAACGUUGCAAGAACUUGGGCUUUCAGUGAUGGCGGUUAUCGCCCUCUUCAGUCCGCCCCUGGAAUUUAUAACGAGGACACGUUCAAGGGAUUGGAUUUUGUGAUCUCGGAAGCAAGUAAGUAUGGAGUUCAUUUGAUAUUGAGUUUGGUGAAUAAUUGGGACGAUUUUGGUGGAAAGAAACAAUACGUUGAAUGGGGAAAAGAGAGUGGGCGAUCGAUAAGCAAUGUUGACGAGUUUUUUACCGACCAAGUUGUGAGACAAUAUUACAAAAAUCAUAUCGAGACAAUUCUCAUGAGAAAAAAUUCUAUAAACGGGAUAACAUAUAAAGACGACCCUACAAUCAUGGCAUGGGAAUUGAUGAACGAACCUCGUUGUCCAUCGGAUUUAUCUGGAAAAACCUUUCAAGAUUGGAUUAUAGAAAUGAGUAACUAUGUUAAAUCAAUUGAUAAGAAUCAUCUGCUAGAAGUGGGGCUUGAGGGAUUCUAUAACAAGACAAUGCAAUCCAAGCAAUUCUCAAAUCCUAGCCUCUUAGUUGGGACUGACUUCAUCUCCAAUAAUCAAGUUCCAGCCAUUGAUUUUGCCACAAUUCACCUUUAUCCCAAUAUAUGGUCACCUGCGAUAGAUGAGUACGUUUUUGUGGAACAAUGGAUUCGAAAUCAUAUUCAGGAUUCUAAUUCGAUUAUCGAAAAACCCAUUUUGUUGACGGAAUUUGGAAAAUCUUCGAGAAUGUCAGGGUUCAACGUGAGCGUAAGAGAUGAAUAUUUCGGUAAGGUUUAUGAUAUGUUGUAUGAUAGUGCAAAAAAUGGUGAAUCUUGUGCUGGAGGACUCUUCUGGCAACUCUUGGUUUCUGGAUUGGACAACUUUAGAGAUGGUAAUGAAGUUAUUCUUGAUCAAGAUAAUUCUACUGCUAUGCUAAUUCUUAGCCAAUCUAAUCGUAUUUACGCUCUUAAUUAG